CGGUGUAUGCCGAGCCACAGCCUCCAGCGGAUGGCAGCAGAAUCAUAUUAAAAUAAAGGGCUAAUCAAAGUGCGCGCAACGUCAUGCAAAGCAGGAAACGUUUGUGGGUGAAACGUCGUAUGAGGCAGCAGAUUUCUCAGGUCAUCCGCGUUGCCUUCCGGCCCCCACGGAGUGUUCAGGGAUUCGGUGUUUUGAUGAAGAUGAGAUAGAUCUUACAAAAACAGCCCAAAGCCAAUUUUGGGUGUUAACUUGCCUGGGAUGGGUGGUCUUCUUAGCCGUGGGGCUGAGGAGGAUGCCCAAACCAUCCUGCCACGGGAGCGCGUGAAGCCAGAGGGAAGAGGAGCUUCGCAUAACACUGCGGACUGUCCCACCUGCCAAGGGACUGGCCGCAUCCCCAGAGGACAAGAGAACCAACUGGUGGCAGUCAUUCCAUGCUCAGAUCAGAGGCUGAAACCCAGACACACGAAGCUGUAUGUGGCCCUGUCUGUUGGGGUGUGCCUGGUCUUCUCCGUGCUCGUGCUCUUCUUCCUGUUCCCCCGCAGCGUCUCCCUCUCCGAUAUGGGCAUCCAGUCUUCAUCCGUGGUCUUCUCAGACAAAGCGGUCAACAUCACUGUCUACAACACUUUAAACAUCACCAAUGAUAACUAUGUUAUGGUGGAGGGCUCAGCCUUUUCGGCGCAGGUUUUCUAUGGGGACACUGUUGUUGGCAAACUCAGCUCGCCCGCCGAUAUUACUACUUUCCGGCCACGUUCUAAGAAACAGUACCCAUUCCAAGUGAAAAUCAGUGUGACGGAUGCAGGGCUUGUAGAUUACUGCAGGGCAACAUCCACCGUCCACAUCCUCUUUUUUAGACUUCAGCUCUCCAUGACUGUGUACUACAUGGCCCAUUACGAGCAGCUGUCCCUGGAGACGUUUGAGUAUUUAGACUGCGGGGCAAACAGCACUGUUCCCCACAUGUAUAAUAAUAACGCAGGACAGGGGGCAGCACCCAACCACUAAACCAGCAAGUGCUCUUAUGCACCACACUGCUCUUAUGUCUUAUGGUUCAUUCUUUUGAAACUCGGCCGUCGGUAGACCCGAGGUUGUUCUCCCGACAACCGUUGUAAAUGCGUUCCAUUGCAACAGCUGGGGACAAUACAAACGUCUGGAAAAAACUAAUGUUAAACAAACUCGGAGUACACCGAAGUGCUCCGAGUUUGAGAUUCGGAACCCCGAUUUGAGUACCCAUUCUAUUGCACUUUUCCGAGGCGGAAGCCGGAGUUUCCGACAAUCGAGUUUCAAAAGAACGAGCCAUUACACUACAUCCUUGAUUUCAGACCUUGAUUGUAGUUGCACCGCAACACUUUAAUGUAUGAAGAAGUGUAUGAAGUAGAAGUAUAAGUAUUGUUGUGGAUGUCAUUACAACACUAGUACAAACUGAAUAGUAUAGAAUAGUAUGCCUUUAAUUAUCCCGCCAUGGGGAAAUUCAUUUUUUGUAGUAUGAUAUUACAUACUGUGAGUUGCAACCUUACAGCUAGUUGAAGGAGAGGAUUGUGCACAUCCCAGGGAAAGGUGCAGGACGAAGGUCAACUGUAGUUUUCAGAGUGAGGAGUCCGCACACUUAGAAUCCUUUUUGUUGUGUUUUAUUUUUUCAUGGCAGGAUAACGUUUCAAC